UUGGUCUGGCAGGGCAAAGCUCUCCGAACAAAACCCAGGAGCAUGGAGUCCGGGUGUCCUGAGUUGCUGGAGCCCCCAGAAGAUAUCUUCUCAACAGGAUCCUUCCUGGAGCUGGGGCUCGACUGUCCUCCGUCAAAGGGCCUUCAGAAGAGCGAACCUGACGAUCUCCUGAACCUCUUCAUUGAUCCCAAUAUGGUGUACUGCUCAGAAACAGCUCCUGGUAGUGACAGUGGUGUCUCGGAGGACCCUAGCUCCCCCGCCCCACAGGCGCCCGAUUCCCCCGCCCUCUAUGAGGUUGUCUAUGAGGCAGGGGCCGUGCAGAGCACUCAGCAGGAAGCGGGGCCAGCCUUCGGACUCAUCUCCAUCCAGAUAGAGCAAUGGAGCUCUGCAUUCAUGGCGCCUGAGACCUGCACGGUCAGUGGGCUACCCUCUGAGGCUCAUAGACACAUCCUGCCUCGAGCCAGCACUGGAGCUCCAGCAGCUCCUGACGCCCUGCUGUCCUGCCAACGUCUGUUCCUGACAGAUGAAGAGAAGCAUCUGCUGGGGCAAGAAGGGGUUUCUCUGCCCUCUCACCUGCCCCUCACUAAGGCAGAGGAACGAGUACUCAAGAAGGUCAGGAGGAAAAUCCGCAACAAGCAAUCAGCGCAGGACAGUCGACGGCGGAAGAAAGAAUACAUAGGCGGGCUGGAGAGCAGAGUGGCAGCCUGUUCUGCACAGAAUCAGGAACUACAGAGAAAAGUCCAGGAGCUGGAGAGGCAGAACACCUCCUUGGUGGCACAGGUCCAUCAGUUACAGAUGCUCACUGCUCAGACCUCCAGCAGAGCUGCCCAGACCAGUACCUGUGUUCUGAUUCUCCUCUUUUCACUGGCUCUCAUCAUCCUGCCCAGCUUCAGCCCCUUCCAGGGUCAACCAGAAGGCAGACCUAAGGCUUACCAGCCUCAUGGAGUGAUUUCCAGAAAUAUCUUGACUCACAAGGACAUGACAGAAAGCCCAGAGAUUCCAGAGGUGAAGUCCCAACUGGAGGGGGGACUGCCUGAAGUCCCAGCUGCAAAUGGCUCUACGAAGACACAGUUAAAGCUGGGGACGAGGAACAGACCGACUGGGCAGAUCAGAGGGAUGCUGCAUGCGGAUGAGAUGUAAGCCUUUCCAAUCACACAAGAACCCAGAGGCUUCCCUAACUAUUCCAUCUGGAAUUCCCGUUUAGGCGUCCAUACCCUGGAGUUCUAACUCACUCAAGACUCCACAGAUCCACAGAGGCCAGGCUGCUUACAUGGCAGGGCUUCUCAUACACUUCUCUCCUAUAUUUGUGAUUUCUUCUUUGGGGAUGGGACUAACGGGAAGCAAGCUUUGACUCAGAAAUAAACUUUCUAGCUAAAAUU